UCGUUCGAUCAGGUUGUCAAACUUUCCCAAAGAAUUUUUCCAAAAUAAAAACAAUAAACUUGGAAAACAAGGAAAAAUUGGCGACGACAUUGUGGUUAAUCGAAAAAUCAUCUGAAAUAAUGUGAAAAUUGUGGUAAAACUGAAACAAUCCUUGCCCAAAAGGAGUCGAUAGUGAACAUAACCUCAAAAAAUAAGACGCUGUCAUUACAACAAAAAUUGAUUUUUUUCGUCUGUUUUCCACCAGGUAUUGUUAAAUAUGACUUUAAUUUAAGCAAGCAACAAUGUGGCCCGUGCUGUUGGAUAUGACAAAAGAAGAAUCCAUGCAAAGUUUGAGGAAUUUAGAAUUGGAAGCUUAUGCUCAUCUUGUUUCGGCGUUGCGAGCCCAAGGCCCCCUCAAUCCCGACAAACGCAAACUCCUCAAGGACACCAGUCAAGUGCUUAAUAUCCCACAAGACCGCCACAAGGCCGAAAUCCGGAGAGCCGUCAAUGAUGAGAAGCUCAAUACGAUUGCAUAUCAUGUUACAGGCUUGAGUGAAUCGUUGGAAGAUUGGGCGCAAGAGGGGCGCAGAUCCGUGCCUCUGCUCCCCAGAAUGGCCCCACAGACUGCUUACUCGGCCAUCGCUGACGAAGCGGCCGAAACCGCCAACCAAACCAACAAACAACUGCCUCAUCCUGCCUCCACCGAGCGUAAACGAACCCCGGUACAGCCCCCCGUACAAACUAUCCCUGAAACAAGCAAGGCGGCUCAAUUCCGCGUACCUGAAACCCCCAAAAUUGAAGACAGCAAGAAGCGGAAACUGCCCAUUUGUACAGAAAACAGUAGUCUGGCGCAGCACCUCUUAGGCCCCCCUAAGAUGAGUCGUACUCAACAAAUAUACAGGCAAAGGACGAAAGGCGCAAUAUUGAAAGAACAGAUGAAGCUGAAGCCUCAGACAAAAAUUCCAUUUAGUCCGAUUAUGCAGUCGUCAAACGGCCCCAAAAUCACGACAAAUUUAGUGUUGCCCCCUAGUGGGGAGGAAACAAUCGAGCAGAUUCAAAACGAGAUAAAUAAUUAUCCCCAAAAAUCUGAAGCUCCAAGUUGUUCCAAUGAGAACCAAGCCCCUCGUCCAAAACUCCUCACCACGACUAAACCCACCCAGAGUCUAACUUUCAAGCAAAUCACAACACCAGGCACUAGUGACAUAAAACUGUGCCCCAAAAAGACCAUCACUAAACCGGGGACCCCAUUGAGUCAAAAACUAAUCGUCGUUUCAAACGCUCAAACGAUCCAUACCUCUAGUAUUCUACAAAAGACUUUGUCUAUACCUCUCGUUAAAAAUAUCUCCGUGAAAAAUUUCGAGAAAUUCAAAAUCGUCACCACAAGCACCCCACAGCUCGUCACUGCCGCCAAUAAUAUCAAUUCUUUAAAACACAAAGUCGUAACUGUCAAAACUAAUCCAACGACGAAGAAAGUCAUACCGCUAUCGUUGCUUAAUUCAAAAGGGGGGAUUAAAGUAUUGCCAAUUGGAGGUAAAAUCGUGGGGAAAACGACUACCACAUCGUCACCCCCGUUGUACAUCGUAAAUACUGUGACCCCCAAAGCCACAACGCCUGCGGCGGCGGAAACGCCUCCAAGUCCGAGUAAAGAAAAUGGUAAGUCGUCGGUUUUAGGAGAUAUUUUGAAGGCGUCGGGAGUUACAACUGACGAUUUUGACACACAAAUUGAGGAGUUUCGAAUUCCGAAUAAUCACGUCACGGAGGAGGCUUCCCAGGAGCAAGUAGAGCAGCUCGAAGAGGAAGAACAAGUGACGACGCAUGAAAAAGAUCUCCUUAUUUUGCAUGAAGGUGAAGAAGUUAUGGAACAGUCGGAAAUAAAAAGUGACAGUACAAAAGAAAACGAGGAACAAUUUUCAAACGCUGAAGUCGUGACUGAUGAUAGUGAAACAGUGAUUUUGCAAGUUCAUAGUUCGGAAUUAACAAGUGUUGGUGAUGCUGCUAACUGAUAUUUAUUUAUUUUCUAAUUUAUUAUUAUUAAAUUAAUCCGUUGACUUUUUUUAAUGAGAUGCAUUAGUUCAACUUUUUGUACAUUUGCUAUAUUUUAUCAAACGUUUUGCUCAAUAAAUGUUCAAUCACUUUGUGUUGCCAAUCAAAAUUCAUGUAGCAAAUUUUGUAUAUUUUAACAUUUUACUGAAAAUUUUGUACAUAUGUAAUAGAGAAUGUAGUUAAACAAAUU